CUCGAGUGCAUUUCGAUUAAACUGUUCACUUUCGCCGCCUCCACAGGUGGCACCCUGACUGAAUAAUGAAUUUCUAUCCCCGCUCAUCCUCAUGGAAACAGCCCAAGUAAGUAACAGUACACACAUACACACAAAAAGGUGUCACGUACAUGCCCGCCCAGCCAUUUAGAAACUCUACAGCGCCUCGUGCGUCGUCAUCAGCACGACAGCCCUCCGCACUUCUUCCCUGUGAACUCAUUCAUUCCUCUAUGAACUCAGGCCAGGAAGGAUGGGAUGCUCCACCAGCUCUCAGACUUCAGCGGUAGAUACGACUCGACCCAGUGCAAAACCUGAUGAGAGCAACGGAGCCAGCACCACCGGGGUGGCCAGUGAGAAUGGAAACAUAGCUGAGGACAGUGAAACUAUUCCAGACCAGACACCUGCUGAAGGCAGUGAUGCUAAGCUGGACGGAGAGCCGGCUGUAGCUGCCGCAUCUGCAGAUAACACCUUUGCAAGCCCACCAGCAGAGGAGGGGUCUCCUCCUUCAGCAGCCAGCCCCCCGGCAGAGGCAGAAGCACCAGCAGAUGCACCAGCAGCAGACAGCCCUGCUGAAACAGCAGCCAGUUCCUCAGAAGCUGCAGCUCCAGAGCAAGAGGCCACAGCAGCGACUGACUCGGAGCCCAAAGCAGAAGAAGCACCAGCUCCCAGCGAGUGAACCGUGACUAGCUUGACUUCAUAGAUGAAUUUGGUGGAAGAGUUGUACCCUGUCUUUAUGCAUGAGUGAAAGUUUGCCCAAAUGUGUGUGUAUGUGUGAAAGACAUCACCUUGUUGCCAAGAUGCUGACCCUGUGAUGACCACUUUCAGUCAGGGUCCUCAGUCACCACUGUGCCUUUUUCUCCUUCUUAAUAGUGUACGGCUUCAUUUUCUAUUGUAAAUAGAUGAAGCUCAAUAGCACUUAGCGAAUCUUCAUUUUCAGAGAACAUAAUUUAAGAGUUUAAUUUACAUGAUAAUUCUAUUUAUUAUCUGUAUAGAAAUUUGUAUUAACACCACAACUGUCUGACUUUAAGAUACUGUAAGAAUCUGUUCUGCUUUACCACAAAACCAUAUUUCAGUGAAAACCAAAGCCAAAGUUUAUUUGACUAAUGAAUGAUCUCCUUUUUAGGUAGCAGGCUUUGAUUUCAGGACCAUGUUUGUAAUGAAGCUACUCCACUGAAGGCGUAAUAAGUGCUGUCCAGUUGAUUUAAUUCAUACAUUUCUGAUGUGUCAUGAUUGUAAUAAGCUGUGAACUGUAAAACAAAAAAAAGAAAAAAAGAUGCAGCCUUAAAAUUUAAAUCUAUUAGAUGGCCUUUCUUAUGGAUGAAUGCCAGUGUGAAUUUUUAAGGUGAAUAAGCAGUUUAUUAGUGAGUUUGGAGCAGCUGUUUAUCUGGAAGAAACUAGAAGAUAGAGCAGAAACGGCUCCAGUCUUGAACGUUACCAAAAUAUGUUAAACCAGUUGUUAAGACACAGUCUUGCUUCACUGUUAAAUUUAGCUUAAUGUAAGACUGAUUAGAUGUAAAACUAUUUACAAGCCACAAAGCAUUAAGUCUGUUCUAGAGGAUAAAAGUUUUAAAGUAGCUUGUAAAUAUUGUUCAGCAGUGCAGUCAGAGAGCCACCGUCUUAUCUGGGAGUACAAUGACACCUCAACAGUACAACUACAAGGACAUUUGAUGCUUAAGCUACAGCUUGUUUGUGAUGUGGUCAGCUAGUCAGGAGUCGGAGAGAGGUCCGAGAACGGCGACUGCCUCGAUUUCCACCAGUCCACCCUGAGGAAAGAAGGAUGAGACAUUGAGGACAUGGGAACGGGGGUAAUGUGAAAAAUGAUGCAUUAAAAAAUGAUCUCAUACAAACAUUUCUGUCACAUCAAAGAAAAUGUGACAGAAAUUUAAACCAUAACAACAUCACCUGACCCUUACUUAAACUUGACAUUACUCUAUGUAGACUACUUUAUGGACCUACAAUAUGAGAAAUAGUGCAGCAUUUAUGUCGGCUCUGCUAGUGAUGAAUAGCUGGUGGAUGGAAAAUGAACAGCAUUGAUGAACGAGUGCGCUGAGGUUUUGUUUUUACUUACUCUAGGGAGAGCAGCGACCUGGUAGGCAGCUCUUGCAGGGAAGUUACUGCUGAAAACUGGAGGGAAAAACGUUUUGAGUAUAAUAAU